AUGUUUUGGAUUCAAUACAUCAUGCAACGUCCUAGAUAUUCCACAUCCAUCAUGCUAUCCAUCAUGAAGUUUACCGAGCAGAAUGGUGUGAGAUGCUACUGCAUGCUCCACACAGAGGAUCUUGAGAUGCUCUACUGCGACACAUGUGGAAACUGGCUACACACCGUUUGCUGCGGAUUCCUCAGCAACACAGACAAACGCAUCCCCGAUGGCGAAUACACCUGCCUCAUAUGUUCCAGUCUCAUCACAAAGGUAGAGUGUGCCAAUGCACUCUUCAGACAAGUCAUCUCAGUCAUAUACAACGAAAACUUCCUGGGCAGAUCAUGGCUUUGCAACAGACUCCAGAUACAUCCCUCAAGAGCAUACAAAAAUAUCCAGAAAAUGAUCCGCCAGGGCCUUCUCAUCCCCACCAAGGCCCACAAAGGCACCGUUCAAUACCAAGUGGUCACCACACAUGCUGCAAAAAACACAAUCAAAAAACACUUCUCCAUCUCCGCCUAUCCAGAUCCUCAAAAACACUCGAACAGCUAA